UUGCCAGGCCACGUGGACGAGCAGGUGUCCCAGGGCUGCCAAGCACAGGCGGCGGGGGGAAUUCCAUCCAUUGGCUGGGCGCCGGGCUUUCCUCCGCCCAGGCUUCCCCCCAAAUGGAGGAGGCCCCGCGGAGGCAUCGCCCGGCUUCCAACGCCGGGUACCGAGAGCGGGGCUUCUGGGACGCGAGGUACGAGCAAGAGGGGGCCGAGCCCACCGAGUGGUUCGGGGGCUUGGAAGCUUUUCGGGAAGAGCUGGAGGCGGAACUGAAGCCGGGGGACCGGAUCCUGGUACUGGGUUGUGGGAACAGUGCCCUGAGUUACGAUCUUUUCCAGCUUGGAUACACAGACAUCACCAACAUAGAUUAUUCCGCGGUGUGCAUUUCAAGCAUGCAAGACCGUUACGCGCAUUGCUCAGGCUUGCAUUGGGCGGUAAUGGAUGCCCGGUUCUUGACUUUCCUGGACGGAAGCUUUGACGUGGUCUUGGAGAAAGGCUUUCUGGAUUCCAUCAUGGUGGAAGAAAAAGACCUCUGGAAUGUCUCCCAAGAGGCCAAGAUACUUCUGAACCAAGUAUUAACUGAGGUCGCCCGAGUCUUGCAACCCAGAGGAAAGUUUAUCUCCAUCACCUUCGCCCAGCCGCAUUUCCGCAAGCGUCACUACACCCAGCGUGCCUACAACUGGUCCAUCCAACACAUCAGUUACGGAAGGGACUUCCACUACUUCCUCUACAUCAUGAAGAAAGGUGGGGUGUUGAACCCCUCCGACUUGGCUCUGGGGCAGAGCCUCCAUCGCCAUCCCACAUCCCCCGGCCCUGUGUACCCCCUCCAAGAGCCGGAUUGUGAAAACUACCUCUUCAAUAUUCAACUCUGAUCUCUAGGGAAGGGAUAACUCAAGGGAAGGAGCCGUGGUGGGGCAAAGCGAAGGUCUCAAAAGGGCAGUGCCAGGAUACCUCCUCUAGGACAUGGGGCUCCUACCUUGGCCACUUUUACGACUUGUGGACUUCAAUUCCCAGAAUUCCUCAGCCAUCCAUGUUGCCUUUACAUCCUGUCUGAAUUUACCAGGUAUAGUUACAAUAGAGCAAGGAGUGGUGCGGUAACCUAGUGGUGUAGCUCUUGCCUCACAAUCGGGAGGCUCUGAGUUCAAUCCUAGGUAGUGGCAGAUAUUUCUCUCUCUCUCUGGGCACAAUGAGAAUAUAUCUGCUGAAUAUAACUCUGCCCUGGCGACAGGAAAGGCAUCCGGUCAGUAAACACUCGGCUCCGUUCAGUUGCCCAGACUCCACCUCGCAAGGGAUUAUGGGGUCAUUAAAAGAAGAUGAUGAGGUACAAUAGAGCAGUGAUGGCUAACCUUUUCCAGACGAAGUGGCCAAAGCACGUGUCCCCGAACCCUCAAAAUGCCCACCGCAUGCGUGCGCGCCCCUCACAAGCCCCCUGUCUCCCGCACACCCCACAAAACCCCGUGCAUGUGCACCCGGCUCCACCUGUGUCCUUCCCUCACACAUGCAUGCAUGGGCCCCGCCUGUGUCCCUCCCCCAGCACAUGCGUGCAUGGACCCCCGCAGAUGUGCAAGCGGCCCCUUCCUGUGUCCCCCCGCACAUCCGUACGUGGCCCUCCCACAUGCACCCCGCCCCCUGUGUAUGCACAGCAGAGACCCGAAAACUAGCUGGCCGGAAGGAGGCACGCACACAUGUGCAGUGGAGCUGAAUUGGGGUGAUGGCUCGCGUGCCCACAGAGAGGGCACUGCGGGUCAUUUCUGGCACACAUGCCACAGGUUCGCCAUCACGGCAAUAGAGGAAACUCCGUUCACACAGGAUGUAAAGGAAAGAGGGAGUGGCUUAGGGCAGGGCUGUCCAACCUCAGCGACUUUUAAGACUGGUGGACUUCAACGCUGGCGGAGGAAUUCUGGGAGUUGAAGUCCACCAGUCUUAAAGUUGCCAAGGUUGGACAGCCCUGCUCUUAGGUCACCCGGGGUAAUUCCCUGCAUUUUUAAUACAACUUAAAAAAUUAAAAAAAAAAGCCGCCUCUUCAAUUGGCAAGGAGGGGCCUGUUCUCGGGGGAAUUGGAUGGGAACGCUUUCUGCUGCCAACUUAGUUGCAGAAAGUAAUUUCUCUUCCCUUCCACUCCACGAAGCUCAUCCUCUUGCUCAUAUUGUGGAGUUGUGAACCAGUUUAUGGAAAGCAGGGAAGGGAGGGGUUAGAAGCUGAGAAGUUGUUGUUUUUUAAAAUCUUGCCACUGUGCUCUGAAUCCUUAAGUGUCUUCAAGGCCCUUUUCGGCCGCCUCUGUUUUAACAGACCUUCUGAAAAAUCAGGAAGAAGGACACCAUCCAGAUCUCCAAUGAGAGACCAUCUCAGAGGGUUGGUGCCCCAACUCAACAUUAUUCCGGUUCUUCUGGGGAGGAGCUGUUCUGAUCUAGGCUUCCCAAGAGCAUGAAGCAAACUCCUUGUCCGGACAAAAAACCCUUUUUUAUUAAGUUACUGUGAAUUCCUCUCGUUCACAUCCAGCAAAGUCUUUCAAGGGAGAAUUUACAAUCACAGACCUUAUCUGUCUUGGAGAGCUGCCAGGCCGAUAUCUUCAAAAUUUGGCAAGAAAUCUGAGAGUCACGAACCAACUAAGCGAACUAAUUGUCUCCUGCAAACUCUACUCCCCUUUUGCUCCUCUUUGUUCCCUCUGGGAGGGGCCGUUCAUCGUCCACCUGUGGCCUUACUCCCAAGUCGACCCUUGUUCUUUAGCUGUUCCCUUCGUCUGGCAGCUCUGCGCAAGCGCACACUGGGAACAGGUUCCAGCUGUUUGUCUGCCUCACUGAUGUCUGACUCCGAAGGCAGUUGAUAGCUGGCAUACGGCCCUGGCCCCUUCUCUGCCUCUGAUGCAGAGCCCUCAUCAGAGCCCUCCCCAGACUCCAGGACUGGCCCAUGUUCCUCCCCAACCUCCUCACUGUCCGAAUUUGCUGCCAGCUUCACUGGCGGGCCACAACAGUAACCCUCAAUCUGUCUAUCAAGAGUACAUGAAGACUGUCUAAGACUUCUAAUGUUUUUUUAAAUCUUCUACAAAGCUUUAACAAAAGUCUAGUUGCCAUGUACAAUUCAUGAACUCCUAAACCCCAUUUUAACGUGGGCUUCACCUGUUGUGAGAACCCAGCCAUCGAUGUCUUCUCUGCCGGUCCUUUUUGACCAAUUUUCUCCAACUUGGUGCCUUUCAAAUGGCCCGGGAGCGAUGGGGCUUGUAGUCUUAAUGCCUCUGGUAGGCAAUGGCCUUUCCAUGUACCGUUGAAGUAUCUCAGAUUAAUUCUGCAGCCUGAAACUGAAAUUCUGCCAUUGAUUUUCUACUAUGCAAAUUUUGUAUACAUGAAUGGUUAAAAACCAA